UUGACAUCCCCGCGCAUAGUCUCCCGCGGUGAUGCUGACGAGGAGAUCAUGUCGAAGUCAUGGGCAUCGACGCUGAGGUUGCCUAAGUCUACCUUCCCACCGCGCCCGCUACCCCAGUUCCGCGCCGACUACAUUCGCCGAUGCGCCGAUGAUUUCUACAAGUGGCAAUCGUCCAACGAAUCCCGGCCGGGCUUCACUCUCCACGAUGGACCCCCGUACGCGAACGGAAGUCUGCAUGUCGGCCAUGCGCUGAAUAAGGUCCUGAAGGACAUGAUCUCGAGAGUCAAGGUCCAGCAAGGCUACCGCGUGACUUACAGGCCGGGCUGGGAUUGCCAUGGUCUCCCCAUUGAGCUCAAGGCUGUCGGCACGUCCGGGGGAAAGGACAUGAGCGCUGUCGAUAUUCGAAAGGCCGCCAGACAGCUCGCCUCGACGACGGUGUUGGAACAGAUGGAAAGCUUUCGAUCAUACGGAGUCAUGGGUGAUUGGGACGCUCGCUGGACGACGAUGGACCCGGACUUCGAGAUCAGACAACUGCGUCUCUUUCAGCAAAUGGUCCGUCGAGGCCUCAUAUACCGCAAGAACAAGCCCGUCUACUGGUCACCCUCCUCCAGAACCGCGCUCGCCGAGGCGGAGCUGGAGUACAACGAGAAUCAUGUUUCGACAGCGGCAUACGUUCGAUACCCCAUCAUUGACGGCCCGGCAUUGAACGGCUUUUCUGGCCAGCUUUACGCCAUCAUUUGGACUACUACCCCUUGGACACUCCCCGCAAACAAGGCCAUUGCCAUUCACGACGAUCUGGAAUACGCCGUCAUUGCCGUCAACGGAAGCGCAUAUCUUACUGCGGUCACUCGUCUCGAUGCUGUAAAGGCUCUCUUCCCCGAUGCGGAGCCCGAAGUAAUCGUCUCAUCUAUCGAAGGCUCCGAGUUGAGAGGACUGAAGUACCACAACAGACUUCAGGGGUUCAGAUCAGCUCCUCAGCCCAUCAUCCACGGGGACUUUGUGUCCGCAGACUCCGGUACUGGACUCGUCCACAUUGCUCCCGGUCACGGUUUCGAAGAUUAUGAGGCCUGCGCCGAGCUCGGCAUCGACGCCUUCGCCCCUAUCGACGACGAGGGACACUUCACGAGCGAAGCCUUCCCUGACGCACCCGAAAAAUUGACCCAGUCCUCCUCGAUCCUCAAGGGCGGCAGCAAAGCCGUCCUCGCUUUGAUCGAGGAUGACGUCCUGCAAGCCGCCAAGUACAAGCACAAGUACCCCUACGACUGGCGCACGAAGCAACCCGUCGUCAUGAGGUCUACGGCUCAAUGGUUUGCCGAUGUCGACAGCAUCAAGGAUGACGCUAUCAACGCACUGAAAGAUGUCAAGUUCGUCCCUGCGUCUGGAAGGACCCGUCUCGAGAGCUUCGUCGUUGGUCGGAGCGAGUGGUGCAUCUCUCGCCAGCGCGCCUGGGGAGUGCCCAUUCCUGCCCUCUACGACGCCAACGGAGACGCGAUGGUCACGGAGGAAUCCGUCGACCACAUCAUCUCUGUCAUCCAGCAGCGCGGCAUCGAUGCUUGGUUCUGUGACGCCCCCGACGAGCCCGCUUGGGUUGCGCCGUCACUGAAGGGAUCUUACCGCCGCGGCACUGACACCAUGGACGUCUGGUUCGACAGCGGAAGCAGCUGGACCGAGAGCAAAGGCCAAGCCGAUGUCUACCUCGAAGGAUCCGAUCAACACCGCGGAUGGUUCCAGUCCAGUCUCUUGUCGUAUGUUGCGGCACAAAGAGCAGAGAGCGCUUCAGCGUCCCAUGAACAACCCAAGUCCCCCUUCAAAACCCUGAUCACCCACGGUUUCACCCUGGACCAAGCCGGCAAGAAGAUGUCCAAGUCCCUCGGCAACACCAUCACGCCCACCCAGAUCAUGGAUGGCACCCUCCUGCCCCCCGUCAAGGUCAAAGGCAAGAACAAGGUCCCCGGUGCCGGUCCGACAUACGAAGCCCUAGGCCCCGACGCCCUCCGCCUCUGGGCCGCUAGCUCCGAAUACACCAGGGACGUCGCCAUCGGCCAAGCGGUCCUCAAAUCCGUCAACACCGUCCUGGUCAAGUACCGCACCAUCAUCAAAAUGCUGCUCGGCUCAAUGCACGAAUCGGCCCGCACCGCUCCCACGACAACCCUGGACCACAUCGCCCUCAUCCAGCUGAAGGACGUGAUGGAGGAGGUCCAGAAGGCCUACGCGGCCCACGAGUUCCACAAGGGCUUCAGCGCCCUCAACCGCUGGGUCGCCACCGACCUCUCGGCCUUCUACCUCGAGGCCAUGAAGGAUCGCCUCUACUGCGGCGACGGCGGCGGCGUCCUCGAACCCAUCUUCCACGGCCUCCUCCGCAUGCUCUCCCCCAUGACGCCCCUCCUGGUCGAAGAAGCGUGGGACCACCGCCCGGCGUGGAUGCAAGCCGACGACACCCUCACCCACCCCCUCCGAACCCCCUACGACCACCCCCUCCACAACGUUUCGACCAACGAAGCCUCCCUCCGCAAGGACAUCCCCGUGCUCACGUCCGUCAACGGCGCCGUCAAGGCCGGUCUCGAAAGGGGCCGCCUGGCCAAGGUCCUCGGCUCCUCGCUGCAAUCCUCCGUCGUCGUCACCACCCACGACCGCGGCGUCGCCGGCGUGCUGGAAAAGUACGCGCGGGACCUCGAGGCCGUCUUCGUCGUCUCCUCGGUCGAGCUCAACGGCGGCCUCCCCGCCGAGAGCGAGUGGCGCUUCGACGAGCCCUUCGAGGUCAACGGCGCCAGGGGCACCGUCUCCGUCCUGCCGCCCCAGGACCACAAGUGUCCGCGCUGCUGGCGGUACGUCGCGCCCAGGGAGGAGGAUUUGUGCGGGCGCUGCGAGGACGUCGUGGCGACGCAGUAA